AUGACAGUCAGUGUUAAAAAAAAUAGUAUUCAGGCGUAGCUACCUUUUGCAUUUGCUAAGCAUAUUAACGUUAACUUAACUGUUACCCUGGCAUGGAUGGCAAUUGGCAAGUCAUAAUAUGCCGUAUGAUAUUGAUACUUGUCUUUAUCAUAGGUACCUGACCCAUGUACCUGAACCAAGUCUACAUAAUUUAGUCAGGCUGAAUUAAUUUAUUAAAGUACUGCAUUUGCAAUACAAUAAAUGAUUCACUGUCUUUGAAUCAAUGAAAUAUCUGUUGUUUUGACGUUUUUACACCAGGGGGUGCUGACAGCUACGUUUCUUUUCUCUCCCGUUUCCUGUCUCCCACACACACACACACACACACACACUCCCUCCUUACCAUCUUAUAGAACGCAGAGCUGUUCACGCUGACAUACGGGGCCCUGGUAACCCAGCUGUGUAAGGACUAUGAGAACGACGAGGAGGUCAACAAACAGCUGGAUAAGAUGUGAGUCUCUUCUUCUCAACAAACUAUCUGCUUAGUCCUCUCACUUAUAAGUGAUCAAGGAAAGGAAACAAGGAUAAUAAUUGAGUCGUGUGUGUGUGAAGUGCACUGUUUGCUCUGAACCUGUAAAAUGUGCCACUCCUCUGCAUUUCAUUUUCAGUUUAUCAUUUACUCUGAAAAUGGACAAAGUGGAGCUACCGCUUUCGGCCUCUCUGAUGUUUCCCAUCAACCUACACCACACUGGCAAAUUCUCCAUCCCUCUUAAACUUGACCCCAGUCACCAGUAGACCAGUGAUAUAAUCUGUGUGUCUGUGAUGAAACAGGUGGUCUAUAACCAGGGAAGUAAUCACCUUUCACACAUCCAUGUUAGGAGUCUUCUUCACUUUCUAAACGUCUCCUGGAAUUCACUGGCUCCAUCCCCUCCUCUUUUGAGGAACAGAAAACAGAAGACACACUGUCCAAUGAAUUCUCUGAAUUUGAAAGGGGAAAAGGGGGUGGUGUGCCCAUUGUGAAUCAUUUGGUAUUUGGUGCUGUCUAGUAAAGAUCAAUGCUGUCUCGCUGGCUUAGAAACAUUUAAAGGUGUAGUUAACUUUUCCAAAGUAAUAAAAUGGCAAAGUAAUCUUUUAAGGCUGAAAGAUUGGCCUUGUGUGAUAUGGCCUGUGAAGGUAUUCUUCCUCUUGGCUUAACUAACAUACCUACUGUAGCAUGGUCUGCCCCAAAUACGGUUAAUUCGGGUGAUGAUAUCAUCUGACUCCUUUAGGGGGGGGUCCAGAUGCUUAUCUAUCACUCUCUAUACAGUGUUCAUGUCUGAAGUCUUUACAGGAGAUGUAGAAUCUCUGCUCUGAAGUGGUAUAGCAUUUAGCACCCGUUCUUCUUUCCUUUGCUCACUCUUUCCCCCCUCUUUUGUUUUUUUCCAGGGGAUACAAUAUCGGAGUGCGUCUCAUCGAGGACUUCUUGGCACGCUCCAGCGUUGGGAGGUGUCAGGAUUUCAGAGAAACGGCCGAUGUCAUUGCUAAGGUAAUGGGAACGUCCCCGAGCCAAUCAGAGCAUGUCCUUGGAACCCUCCCAGAAAGGAGAGAGGAGAGGGGGAAGAGCAAGAUGGAGAGAGAAAGGACAGGGAACGAUAAAGAGUGAGAGCUAUUGAGAUGAGGGAGAGAGAGAAAGAGGUUGUGAGUUAGAGAGCAAGAGAGCCGGCGACUGGAAUUUGAACUCCAACCUGCAGUGGUCUGCAUAGUUUCUGAGCUUUCAUAGCUCCUCUCUACUGCUUUUCAUUUCUCGCACUCACGCAGGUAGGGAAGCAUCCCAGCUAUGUCACCGCAAAGCCAACUAGCCCCAGCCCCCGUGUGUGUGUGUCUGGGCUCAUGUUCCCCACUGCUUCUUGUUAUGUUAUACAGUAGUUCUAACAGUGCUGCUAAGUCGUUUCACAGGUGUAACCUUGCAUUGUAGGCCUAUGGUUCAGUUAUAUGGAAGGCAGUAGUAUGGAAUAUUGGUCUAGAUGAUGAACAGGUAGCCUCAACUGCCGUUCAGACUUGCCGAGAUAAUCAAAAUGUAUUCACUAACUGUAAGUCGCUCUGGAUAAGAGUGUCUGCUAAAUGACUAAAAUGUAAAAUGUAAUUCAGUGAUUCAUCUUGUAUGAGAGUGAUGGUGUCUGUUCUAUUAUGAAUACAGUACUUGUAACGCCAUUGUAACAUUAACAGCAUUGUGUGAUUGCAUGUGUUGUCCACUAGGUGGCAUUUAAGAUGUACCUGGGCAUCACCCCCAGUGUGACCAACUGGAGCCCGGCGGGAGACGAGUUCUCCCUCAUCCUGGAGAGUAACCCCCUGGUGGACUUUGUAGAGCUGCCUGACAACCACAGCUCCUUGGUCUACUCCAACCUGCUGUGUGGGGUACUCCGAGGAGCUCUGGAGAUGGUAAGGAGGGUGCGUGUGUGUGCGACCGGGAGACUCAUGGGCGGCGCACAAUUGGCCCAGCGUCGUCCAGGGUAGGGGAGGGAAUGGCCGGCAGGGAUGUAGCUCAGUUGAUAGAGCAUGGUGUUUGCAACGCCAGGGUUGUGGGUUCGAUUCCCACGGGGGGCCAGUAUAAAAAAAUAUGUAUUCACUAACUGUAAGUCGCUCUGGAUAAGAGCGUCUGCUAAAUGACUUAAAUGUAAAUGUUAAAUGUAUAUGGUGUGUACUCCAACCUGCUAUGUGGGGUACUCCGAGGAGCUUCUUUAGGCCUUUUCACACUACUGAGACAAACUGAGCCGAGCCUAACCAAGCUAUACUGUGCUGGCCUGGUUACAUAUUCACCAUAGUUGUUGGAACCAUGCUGAAAAGGACCAUGUGAAAAGAAACAUAUCAGAGCCAGCACGGUAGUAUGAAAAUUAUAUUUGUGUGAUUUAUGUUAUGUUCAUGUGUCAUGAGAAAAGUACUUUAUUUCCCUUUUAAUUUCUAAUAUCUCCUUCUCUCUCCCCAAGGUGCAGAUGGCAGUGGAUGUGAAGUUUGCUCAGGACACCCUGAGAGGAGACAAUAUCACAGAGAUCCGCAUGAAGUUCAUCAAGAGGAUCGAAGAGAACCUACCGGCCGGGGAUGAGUGAGAGAAACACAGAGAGAGAGAGAGAGAGAAACCACCUCCUUACACCUCUCCUCUCCUCUUGCUCUCCAUCCAUCCUGAAUCUGAUGUCGCUCGGGGGGUACAGAGAGAGAGGGAGAGAAAGAGGUAUUGGGAAACCCUUCACUGAACGAAUGGAGACCAAGAAAUGAAGUCCUUGGACGUGUCUCAAAUGUAUUCUAUCUUCCUCUCCUUGUCUCCUUCUCUUCAUCUGCACUGGUGUAAAGACAAAGGACAGAUAGGUGGGAGUUAAACGCAGGGAAGGAGAGGACUUGGCCUUUGAGAUGCACCGUUUGGUUUAUGGAAGGACUUCUGCUGAGCUAUGAUCCUUGAACUUUAACGUCUGCUCAUAUGACCCCUGACCUUUCCCCUUUAACCUCUGCUCCUGGGAUGAGGAACCCCUUGGACACUUCAUCAUCACAUAUGUUAAUUUCCGAGAAAACGUUGUCCCUUAGAUAUAGUUUAGGCUUUGUCUAGUGAAAGUAGUCAGGAAAAGCUCCUGGCCCGUUACAAAUGGAAAUGUUUUGUUUUUGAUUGAUUUUAAAUUCUGUUAAUUUAAUCAAUUUCACGUAAAUGUGUAUCACUGAAUGGAAUGUGAUGGUUUCACUACCAAGUCAAAGUUGGUUGUCUCAAUUGUGUUGUACACAGUGGACCAGAUUUUGAUAUGGAAAGUUUUGUUUUUACAUUUUGUCUCUCUUUUUAAGAAAAUGCAAGAUCAUAGACAUUCUGUUAAUGUCUGUCCAUAAGAUCUUUAUUUGUUGUGUCAUCUAAAAUACUUCCACAUGUAUGGCAAUAUUAAUUUAAGUAGGCUGAUGUGUCAUUAAUAAACUAAACAGAUUGACAUAUCUGUGCUGUGGUAUCACUAUUAUAAUAAUUCAGCUAGAACUGGUAGAAAACACAUGUUGGAUGUGUGUCCAUGACGGUACAUAGUAGGACCUGUGUUCCUUGUUAACCUGUUGCAGGUCUCUUCACACACAUGUAAUGAAAUGUCACAACCUUCCCCAGUGCCCGGUCGUCAGGUAAACCCCAGUGCACUGUGAGACAGUUAUUCCUCUGGAGCAGCUUUGUCCAGUCAAACAACAAUUACACAGACCUAAUGCCUCAGAUGUUUGUUCAGGCUUCAUGGAAACAAUUAGGACGUGUGUGUGUGUGUGUCUGACAGCCAUGUUUUAGGAACAGCCACUUUUUAACAGGGUGUCUGGAACAGGGGAGUGUGUUUGAGUUUAAGAGUGAGUGGACGGGGCUAGCAGGGCAAGUUGUCAUUAAAGACAGGUCCAUUCUGCCCAUAACUGACGUCAUCCAGGAGUCACCAACACAACUGCUUGUUGAGGCAAACCGCUCACCUCGUCAAUCACAGCAGAGCACACAGAGCUGGCCAUACACACAAACGUAUUGUUCCAUGGUUUUCGUACUGACUGUAACCACCAGAGGCUGCUGUGGGCAUUGCAUUCCCCAUCACUCCAACACUCACUCCAAAAACAUUUUCCUCUGCAGGUCACUCUCAUUUGAGAGUACAAUUAAGUUUCCACUUAGACAUACACUACCGUUCAAAAGUUUGGGGUCACUUAGAAAUGUCCUUGUUUUCGAAAGAAAAGCAUUUUUUUUGUCCAUUAAAAUAACAUCCAAUUGAUCAGAAAUACAGUGUAGACAUUGUUAAUGUUGUAAAUGGCUAUUGUAGCUGGAAACGGCUGAUUUUUAAUGGAAUAUAUACAUAGGUGUACAGAGGCCCAUUAUCAGCAACCAUCAGUCCUGUGUUCCAAUGGCACGUUGUGUUUGCUAAUCCAAGUUUAUCAUUUUAAAAGGCUAAUUGAUCAUUAGAAAACCCUUUUGCAAUAAUGUUAGCACAGCUGAAAACUGUUGUGCUGAUUAAAGAAGCAAUAAAACUGUCCUUCUUGAGACUAGUUGAGUAUCUGGAGCAUCAGCAAUUGUGGGUUUGAUUACAGGCUUAAAAUGUCAACAGUGAAGAGUGGACUCCUGGAUGCUGACCUUCCAGGCAGAGUUGCAAAGAAAAAGCCAUAUCUCAGACUGCCCAUCUUAAUAUUGGAUUUUUAAUGGUCAGUCUGAGAUAUGGCCUUUUCUUUGCAACUCUGCCUAGAAGGUCAGCAUCCCGGAGUCACCUCUUCACUGUUGACGUUGAGACUGGUGUUUUGCGGUUACUAUUUAAUGAAGCUGCCAGUUGAGGACAUGUGAGGCGCCUGUUUCUCAAACUAGACACUCAUGUAUUUGUCCUCUUGCUCAGUUGUGCACCGGGGCCUCCCACUCCUCUUUCUAUUCUGGUUAGAGACAGUUUGCGCUGUUCUGUGAAGGGAGUAGUACACAGCAUUGUAAGAGAUCUUCAGUUUCUUGACAAUUUCUCGCAUGGAAUAGCCUUCAUUUCUCAGAAUAAGAAUAGACUGACGAGUUUCAGAAGAAAGUUAUUUGUUUCUGGCCAUUUUGAGCUUGUAAUCGAACCCACAAUUGCUGAUGCUCCAGAUACUCAACUAGUCUCAAGAAGGCCAGUUUUAUUGCUUCUUUAAUCAGCACAACAGUUUUCAGCUGUGCUAACAUAAUUGCAAAAGGGUUUUCUGAUGAUCAAUUAGCCUUUUAAAAUGAUAAACUUGGAUUAGCAAACACAACGUGCCUGAUGGUUGCUGAUAAUGGGCCUCUGUAAACCUAUGUAGAUAUUCCAUUAAAAAUCAGCCGUUUCCAGCUACAAUAGCCAUUUACAACAUUAACAAUGUCUACACUGUAUUUCUGAUCAAUUUGAUGUUAUUUUAACGGACAAAAAAAAUGCUUUUCUUUCAAAAACAAGGACAUUUCUAAGUGAACCCCAAAUUUUGAACGGUAGUGUAUAUCUAAGAUCAAUUUCUGUUAACCCCUUUAAUGGUAAAGCUUAUGAUUUGAGGUGGGUUAGAUGAUCCUAGAUCUUUGCCUAAAUGCAGCUUUUACCUAUAGCUCUGAUUCAGGUAUUUUUGUCAUUGAAAGAUAGGGAUGAGGUUUGCAUAUGUAGGUGAGUAGGCUACUCUGCACAUAAUGACUAUCAAAUUAAAUGUAUGAUAAAAGUAAAACAACCUCCCCAUAGACAGACAGACAGACCAAUAUUUCUUCUAGAAUAUUCCAAUAUACCCUAGAUAGUUCAAAACAGGUUUGAUACAAUCAAUGCAUGUAUGAGAUGUGCAUGCUUUCCAACCUCCAGGGAAGGGGCGGUCCUUCAUUACUAACUAAAUAAAUCCUAUAUUCACUUUCCCACCUGGAAUCGGAGACGUUUGAGAGGAUAAACAGUGGAAAGUGGACACACUGUGAGGACUGUCAGCGUGAAGUAAGCCCCUCGUCCUCUGAAGAGCUCUCGCUCCAGUUUACGCCCACAUAUAUGUACAUUCUUUAGGCCUAUAAUGUGUAUGUUGGAUGGCGAGCAAGGAGGAAAUGGUUUUGUGCAGACGUUCCAUGUAAAUCAUUUGGCAGAAUUAGAGCCGUGUACCAGGGGGAUAUACAGCUGGGAUACUGUGGACUGUUGCUGUGAGAAAACCUGUACCACUCUUCCACAUGCUCCCAGGAAUUUAGGAGCAUGCACACACACACACACACACACACACACACACACACACACACACACACACACACACACACACACACACGGCACAGGAGAGCGCACACUCACACACACGCAAGACACAGGAGCAAGCACGCACACACAUGCAGGACACAGGAGCGUGUGCACAGAUGCACUCAGGACACAGGAGCGCACACACACACUCCUGUCCUCGCUCCCUGACUCGAGCAACAAUCGUAUGUGUUACACUGCUUUAUCUUUGGUCGUUAGGUCUGUGAAGCUCACGGUAAGAACUGUGUAUCUGGGUUAAGAGUUAGUAUCUCUCUUUCUCUCUCUCUGUCCCCCUCUCUCUCUUUCCCCCUCUCUCUCUUUCCCCCAACCACCCCCCCCCCCCCCCCCCCCUCUCUCUCUCUCUCUCUCUCUCUCUCUAUCUCUCUGUCUGUCUCUGUCUCUGUCUCUGUCUCUGUCUCUGUCUCUGUCUCUGUCUCUCUCUCUCUCUCUCUCUCUCUCUGUCUCUCUGUCUGUAUAUCGCUCUGUCUCUCUGUCUGUAUGUCUCUCUGUCUGUAUGUCUCUCUGUCUCUGUCUGUAUGUCUCUCUGUCUCUCUGUCUGUAUGUCUCUCUAACUGUAUGUCUGUAUCUCUCUCUCUCUCUCCUCUCUCUCUCUCUCUCUCUCUCUCUCUCUCUCUGUCUCUCUGUCUGUAUGUCUCUCUCUCUCUCUCUCUGUCUCUCUGUCUGUAUGUCUCUCUCUCUCUCUCUGUCUCUCUGUCUCUCUGUCUGUAUGUCUGUAUGUCUCUCUGUCUCUCUGUCUGUAUGUCUCUCUGUCUCUCUGUCUGUAUGUCUCUCUGUCUCUCUGUCUCCAUGUCUGUAUGUCUCAUGGUUCUUAAACAGCACACAGAAACAAACACAGGAGCGAGAGAGAGUCUCCCCAUCAUUCAUAUCCCACACACACAAUUUGUUCAUGUGUUACACACUUAAUUCUUCACGUGGCACUCUAUUUUUCAAGAAACUUUACUAGGACAGCUCCGGCAAACAAGUAGAAAAUGUUGCAGACCUGAGACGAUGCACGCCGAUCUGCUUUAAACUGGCUAAACACUGGCUUUAUGGGCUUUAUGGGAAACACAUGGAGAACAGCAUGCUGUGACAGAAAAGGCCUAGCUAGCACAUGGAUGUCCCUGAGCUGGCCUAUAUUAUUGAAUACCCCAUCCUUCCUCCACCACCUCUCCAUCCCUCUAUUCCAUAUCUAUCCCACCCUGUCUAUCUCACUGUCUUUUUGUCUGUCUUUCCUUCGUUUCUUUUCUCUCUUCUCCAUGACUCUUGAUUUAUCUCCUCAUCUCUGCCUCUGUUUCUCAUUCUUUCAAGCCAAAGAGAGUGAGGUGAGUCAAAUGAAAGAGAAAAUGAGAGACCCACCUUUGGGGAUAUCGGAACACUGGGAAUAUCAGAUACGCUCUGGGAAUGCUGCAGAUGCCUCAAGUGAGGUAGGCUUGAAGCAUCCCUGGUUUUCCUGACUUUUCCGGAGCAUGUCUCGUGUCUGGACAGUGGAGAGAGGUGGGAGAUGACAGGCGUAUGGACAGUAUUCCAGACGACGCUCUGUGUGUUUCAGGGAAGGAGAGGAUGCGCUAAGACAGGGAACAGCUUGUUUCCGUAAGGAAUCCCAGACCCGGAAUCUCAGGCAGUUGGCAGGGAAGUGGAGGGAAGAGGCAUGUCUGAUGUCAUCGUCUGAGUUGACUAUUAGAGUACAUAGGCAGAAACCGACUGGCCAAACAGCAGUUUGGGCAAAUGACAGAUGGUAACAUGAUUGAGGCCAACACUGUGGGUUUGGAGUGGGUCUGUAUCAGGCUGUGGCCAACACUGAGAUGCAUGAAUACGGAUUAACUCAAACAUGCGUUCAUCAUUGUCUGCUUUUUUCCAUCAAAAAUACAUGGUGGACCUAAUGUGGGCCCUGAGCUUGUUCUGGUCAGGUCACACCAUUAUGAAGAACUCAAUAGUGUUCAGUGUUUGAAGGGGAUUUUGUGUGCUUCCAAAAUGGCAUCCUUUUUCCUAUAGAGAAUAGAGUGCACAGAGAUCCUAUUAAAUUACACAUUUUUAAUAUGUUCAAAUAUGUAAUUAUAUCAUAUGGUGCCAUUUGAGAAGCUUCCUUUUUGUGUCCAUAUGUUAGAAUAAAGAAUACUGAAACUGUGCUUCUUAUAUGAGAAAGUAUCACAAACUAUCAUGCAAUGUCUAACUGUAUCUAGUAUGCGUCAGAGGUAAGAUAAGGAGUGAGCUCCGGUACAGCCAUGGUUUGGCUAGAGCUGCAGAGCCCAACCCAUCUGAUACAUUGUUUAUAUUUUCCCCUCUUUCUCUCCAGCUUUUUGGAUGCUCACUGCUAA